AUGCCAUCAGAUCGUCAAAAAGUAGCAUUAGUCACAGGAGCCUCGUCUGGUAUUGGGUUUGCGACUGCAAUUGAGUUUUCAAAAAGAGGUUAUAUGGUUUUCGCAGGUGCUAGAAGAUUGGAGUCAAUGCAAGCAUUAAAGGAUGAUUAUGGAGUUAAAAUCUUUAAAUUAGAUGUAAGUGAUUUGCAGAGUGUUAAAGAUGCGAAAGAAUAUCUUAUAAGUGAGACUGGUAAUGAAUAUUUGGAUAUUUUAUAUAAUAAUGCUGGUCAAUCUUGUACUUUUCCGGCAACAGAUGUAACGGAUGAACAAAUUAAGCAAUGUUUUGAAGUUAAUGUAUUUGGUCCAAUGAGAAUGGUUAGAGAAUUUGUACCUUUAUUGAUUAAAGCCAAGGGAGUAAUUGGAUUUACUGGAUCUGUUAGUGGAAUUGUUCCAUUCCCAUUCUCAUGUACCUAUUCAGCUACUAAAGCAGCUAUUCAUCAAUAUGCUGCAGUAUUAAGAGUUGAGAUGAGACCGUUUGAUGUAAAAGUUAUUAAUAUUAUAACUGGUGGUGUUAAGACUGAUAUUGAAGAUAAAAGAUCAUUACCAGAAACUUCUAUUUACAAUUCUCCAGGAAUUCAAACAUCAUUUGAUGAAAGAAGACAAAUGGCAGCAAAAAACAAUCCCAUGGAUGCUAAUGUUUAUGCCAAAUUGGUUGCAAGCGACUUUGAAAAUGCAACUCUUGGUGGCUCUUUGAAUUACUAUAGGGGAAAAAUGGCCUUAUUUCUUUCAUUUGUUUUAACUUUCAUUCCUAGGAGAAUUGUUGAAUUUGCUUUAAUCAGGAAGUUUAAAUUAGACACCGUUUUUGAUUAUUUAAGAAAGAAAUAUAAUUAA